UACACGAGGCAUUUGUUUUUGUUUAGUGUGCUUUAUUAUUUUCAACUUCUGCUAGCGUCUUGCAUAGCAACGCUUUCACUUAUUGUUGUCGCUUUUUUGUUUGUUUUUAAAAAUGAAGAAAGACACAAUAUAUAUUUUAUGUUUAAACGCCGAUAUGAAACUAUGUAAAUAUUUGAAAUAAAGUUGCAGAAAGCUUGUAACACGGAUGUUAUGGCGCCCAUGAGAAGAAAAAGCCAAGGGAGCAUUCGCUCCCCUCAUGUGAAAAGGGACAGCCAGUCACAAGUUAUUAUGGAAGGAUGGCUCUACAAAUUGGAGGGUGGUGCUUUAAAACAAUUCAAACACAGAUGGUGUGUUUUAGCAGAUUUUUGUUUAUUUUUUUACAAAGGACCUAGUGAAGAAAAAGUUACUUCAUCCAUUCUGUUACCUAGUUAUAAAAUAAGUCCUUGCACAACAGAAGAUAAAAUAUCACGGAAAUUUUCUUUUAAGGCUGAACAUCAAAAUAUGAAAACUUAUUAUUUUGCUGCAGAAGAUAAAGAUAGUAUGAAAAGGUGGAUGAAUGCCAUGUCUCUUGCUUCAAUUAUGCAAAAUUUUGUGAGAUCAGAAAACUUUGAAGCAACUUUCAGCUCUGCAAGUAAUGAUGAUGAAGAUUCUGGGUUUACGUCAUACCGUUCUAGGCGUUAUACCAGCCAGAAAUUAAACACAACAUAUGAUUCUAAUUUCAGUUCCGAACCACUGAAACAACGAUCUAACAGCUAUGGUGAUAGAAUGGGUGAAGUUUAUCUCGGAAGUGAUGAUAAGUAUCCAAAUGUAUAUAAUAGCACAGCAUCUCAUAUGUACAAAAAUUCAGCUCCUAACCAGGUGGAACAACCCCCCAGACGUCAGCCUUUAUAUGCCAAUGCACCUCCUAAGCCAAGACGGUUAACACAUUCUGAUAGUUAUGGUUUUUAUUCUAAAGAUUAUUAUGACCCCAGGGAUCAAGAAGUUGCUGCAAUUCAUGCUUCUCAGUAUGCAUAUGAAAAACAUGAAGAUGGUAUGUAUCUAGAACAUCAGAAAGAAAUUGGUUAUCAUGCAUUGGAACAAAAUCCAUCUUAUAUGCCAGGUAGUGAUCCAGCUUUAAUGCAGUAUGUUGAUAAUUAUCAAUCUAAUAUAAGCAUGGAUGCUGUUCCUGACUUGCACAAAAAUCAACCACCGAGGCCUCGUUCAGCAGAUUUUUUGGAACGUGAUGCUGAUUGUGGAGUGAUGCCGGAUGUCGCUAUGUAUUCUCAAAGUCGUCAACCCCAGAGACCAAAGUCCAGUUUAGAGUAUUAUGAUCGUUAUGGUGAUUCUGAGGAUGGUAAUUUUGAUUAUUAUAGAGAAGCUGUAAGAAUUCAGGCAGACAAUCUGUAUGCAAAUAAGAACUUAAAUAAAUCUAGAAAACACCAUCGCAUGAAACAGACUGAAAAUGUUGCUUACAAUGAUCCACAAAAUAUUCAUUACACAGAUAAUAAUUAUAUGUUUAAUGACCAGGUGUCCCCUUGUUAUGCAUCUGGAUCAAAAGCUUGUGGGAGCAAUAUAUAUUCCGAAUCCAGUGAUGUAAGCUCAAGAUAUUUUCAAAAUGAACAUCACGAUACAAGAAGCAGGCAUUCCAAACCAAAAAAGAAUAAAGAAGAAUCCUUACAAAGGUUACUUGAAUGGAAACAAAGAAUGUUACAAUCUCCACUCACCAAAAGAAAUCAUGUGCAAUCCAAUUCUUCCGAUAAUAGUUCCCCAAUGGCAUCACCUCAAAAAUCAUACAAAACUGAAUAUCAAAAGAAAGUUCGGAAAGAUCUCCAAACACGUGAUACAUAUUUUCACAGUUCAUCCAAACCAAAUGAUUAUGCUUAUGCUCCUGCCAGCUCACAAGAAGAUUCACCUCAACGAAUUGGAAAUCAAAGAAGGCGUAAUGAAUCUUCCAGUUCUUUAAAAGAUAAUCGGCGUGACAUUAGCAAUCUUUCGCCAAAAUUCAGCAAUAUUGAGCAUCCUAAGUUCAGUCCACAGCUUCCAGACCCAAGUAUUAACAGCAACCUUAGUGUUUCAGCUGAAAAUUUGUACAAACAAAACAUCAUGUAUUGUGUUGAUUCUGAAAACAAUGAAAUUCUCUUUUCCUAUGAUGAUUCGCCCACUGGCAAUACUCCUAAAAGUUUCCAAACUUGCCAUUAUCCACCACAAAUGCAUUCCUUCACUACAAUGCCUAAUGUCAGUAGCAUUGGCAGUGAUAGCCAUGAUGGUAAGAAAUAUGAUGCCAGUGAUUCACAAGAGCAUAGUCAUUGGAAAGAGACGAGCAGCUUGCCGAGAAAAACACCUGAUAAAGUUCCUGUUAACGUUGUAUCUGCACAUCAUCGAACAACUUAUUCAUCAGAUGAUGAAGAUAUUUUGAAGGAGUCUGAAAUGAAAGCCAGUUCUGAAGUAGCAGAGGAAAAGAACCCUGAUGUAGACUAUUCUCAUGAAGAAGAAAAGCAGCAACUUGAUAGAUAUCAUUCAUCUUCUCCAGAUUAUGUUAAUAUUGGUGCCAUUUGUAAUGAACCUGUGGAUAAUUAUGCACAAGAAAUCGAACCUCCUCCAAAAAUCAUCACUAGUGACUAUCAUAAGAUAAAUCAUGCUGUUUUAAAGCCUUUAGAACAAGCAUCAAAACAAAUUAAAAUAUUACAUGAUAGCAACAAUAUGGAACAUGAGUUGACCGAUGAAAGAAACUCGUCUCUUGAGUAUCGUAGAAAAACGGAACAAGAAAAUUUUUUACAUGGUACCACUGAUGUGAGGGAUAGUAUCCAAAAUCAAAGUUUUACUAGUUAUAGCAGCAGGGAUGGCUAUGAAAGCGAGUCAGAAUUUGAUAUAAAGCGUGAAGAUUAUUAUCGAGCUUCGCAGAUAUUUUAUGCAUCAACUAGAGUAAAAAACAAAAAUCAUUCGUCUAAAAAGCACAAAAUUGCAAAGAUAACUUCCAAUAUGGGUCCAGAAAGUUCAACAAUGUUUCAAAACAAUUAUGCAAAUGUUUCCAUUUCUAGCAGUAUAUCAAGUCUUGAUCGAGAUGUUGGUAUACCUUUGCAAGUAUCUCCUCAUAAAAUGUCAAUUUCAAAGAAGUUUAUAGAUGAAGUCGAAAACAAUAUACCUUUACAAGAAACAAUUGUAUUUUCUGAAUCUAAAGAUUAUGAUAAAGGACCAGAAAUUCCUUUGAAAGAAGAAGAAAAUUUUGUUCCACUAGACCCUUCAUAUGAACAUACUUCAGAUCACAAAGUAAAUCAUAAGGAUUCAUCAAAUAAUAACUGUGCAGAAAAAGCAAUUGAAUAUAAAGAAAUUGUGACUACAAAGCAAGAAAUUGGGAAAAAAUUAAGCUAUGAAGAAAUGAGAGGGCAACUUUUACGUAAAAGAGAAGCCCCUCCUCCAAAUAUUGUUCAGGACAGAAUAAAGAAGUUUGAAACUGUUGAAACUGAACCUAAAAGUAACAAAAAGAAUAAAACUGGUGACUCUUCAAAAUCUGAUAAAAUUUCCACAAAAGAUAAGAUGUCUGUAUGUAAUAGAGUUGGAAAAAGAAACAGACACAAAAUUAGUCGUUCUAAAAUUAAUCGAAGAGCUCUUCACAGCGAUUCAGAAGCUGUUGCUUUCCAGGAUUCUGAUGAAAGCUCAGAUGACUUGACUAUGAAAUCAGCUCCCAUUCUCUUAUCACCACUAUCAUGUGUGCUUGCUGAUUUAAGAAAAACUGCUGAAUCAGGAAAAGAAAAAUUGUCAGUCAAAGAUGUGCCAUCAAACAAAACUGCCAUGAAAGAAUAUUUAUCUAACUUGAACAAGGACAGUUCAAAUGGGAAUCAACUUGAAAGUCAACCCAUCUAUACAAAGAAAUAUUCUAAAGAAUCUGCACAAACAUCUCAAUUUGGGGAUUUUUUUGGUGAAACUGUUGAAAAUGUUGAUGAAGCAGAAUAUUUGCCUAUGUUUGGGUUGAAGUUUUCUGAAGAAAAGGAGCCAGAAUAUGUGAUGAUGGGAGGUGGAAAAUUAUCGCCUGGUUCACAUCUUUCAAAGAAUAAAACUUUUGUCCAAGAAGAGGAGCAUGUUUAUAAUGAACCUUUUUCUCCACCACCUAGCUUUUUACAUGAUGUCUAUGAAAAGCAAAAGACAAAGUUGCAAUAUCAGAUGAAAUCUAGUAGUUCUGAAGAUUCAUUGACAGAAAAUAUUUAUGAGAAACCAAUGCAUAGAUUUGUAUCAAGUUCAGCCAGAAAUAUGAGGCUUGAAUACAUGCACAAGUCUGUUCAGGAAACAAACAACGUUCUGAUGAGCAGUUUAUCAUGUUCAAAUGUAACUUCUGUUGGCCAGUCUCGUGAAUUAAAUGAGAGGAAUAGUUAUCACAAAUCUGAUAGACAUAUUUCUUCUAGAAACAAUAUGCAUCAUUAUGAGCAGGCUAAUCUGAGUGUUUCAGUGCCUGAUUUGUUGAAAUUGAAGGAAAUGAAGGAUAGUGAUGCUUCAGAUGCUGAUGAUGAAGCAAGCAGAGAUUUUGAUACUGUUGGUAAUUUGCGUUUACCCUCCUAUCAGUCACCAAUUUUGAGCCAGUUUUGUAACAGUAAUGAUAAUGUUAUACCUGGAAGAAAUACACAUUCCUCUUUAGAAUCUGAAGUUUUGCCUUAUAAUAGCAUUGAUAAUGAAAAUAAUACUAAUAAAUCUCAUUAUUCAUUUCCCUUUAAUUCUUCUGUGGAUGACAACUCUUGCGCAAAAUCCUUAAAGAGUGAAGUAAAACCCUUACCAUCUUAUGAACCUCUUUAUGAUACAUCCACUUUUUCUAAUAUGGAAGCCAGUGCUCAAAAUUCUUUGAAAGAAGAUUCAGCUGAAAAAUUUCGCGUACAAAAACUGAGAAUAUAUACUAAGGGAAAGAAGCCUGAGGCUCCUAAAAUAUUUCCUGUGCCAUUUAGCUUAGAGGAGUCGGAAAUCUGCAAAAUUUUAGAAAGGAAAGAUUCCGCUAAAUCUCUGAAAGCUGAAGAUUCAGUUCCGGUAGCAAUGCAUAAUUUAGAUUCAUCUAUCACUAUUGACAGUGAUUCACUUUCAGAAAAUGUGGCUUAUGCUUCAAGAGAUGAGUUGAUACCAAAACCUAGUGCAUCAAAUUUUUCUAUUAAUGUGAUGCCUCAUUCAUACAGGCCUGAUGUAGUUCCUUCAGUUCAAGUUGAUGAAAGAGUGCCAAAUGAAAAAUAUUCUCCAUCAAAAUCGCCAAAUUCAGCUCCAUAUUACUAUUCUGAUUUGUAUUCAGGCCAGGGAGUAAAUUUUGCUGACCAUGUGCCGUUAUUUAAAAGAAGUGAUGUGCCAUAUUUGGACAAAACUAGUCCACAUAAAAGUAGUCCUGCAUUGUUAAAUAAUGUCAAAUCUAUGAGUCCUUCAUAUUCUUCUAAAGGAGAUGUUGGAAGGAAAGUUAAUAAGAUAAACUCCAAAACCUCUGCUUCUGCGGAGGAGAAAGAUGCUAUCAAUGAAAAGUACUGGGAGACGGGAGGUGCGAAGAAUAAUUUGAAAUGUUCAAUUGAAAUUUUGGAAAGUUCUAAAUCAAAAUACUUAGAUGCCGAAAAGAACAAAUAUGAAGCUGGCCAUACUUUAGAAAAAACUCGAUCAAAUAGCACUAUGUCUUAUUUCAAACAUAGGUCUUCUACACCAGAAUUAAAUACAUGUCAGUAUCAAUCUGAUGAGCCAGUGUAUGAAAAUAUUGUGUUUCAACCAAAAUCAAAACUCCAAAAAAGACUUUCUCAGUCACUUGAAGGACUUCCCAAAGCUCCAGAAUUGGUUGAUACCAUGCUUGAUGAUAAACAUGAUGUCCCUGGUAAUCCUGUAUAUGAAAACAUAGAUUUUUAUAAUAUUGAUAGGCGUAGGUUAGGAGAAACUUCUCAAUAUAGUCAGAAAAGUGAACAUUUACCAUUAAACCCUGAAACAUCAAAACAAAGUAGAAAAAUGAUGACUUCUCAUUAUACAUCUGCUAUUGCUGAAAGGCAGUUUUGCACUGCUGUGUCUAGUACAAAUGAAAUAGAAAAUUGUGCAAGUUUAACAAAUGCUGUUGAUAAUGAAGCUGACUUUUUAGAUCAAAAUGUGUUGAGGCGUGUAAGUGAACAGCAUUUUUUUGGAAAAAAUUUUAAACCUCCAUAUCAGAACUCUACACUUGAAAGCAAAAAUAGCAUGCCAAAUUUUUCUACACCACAGAAGUUUUUCAUAAGUAAUAUUUCAGAUAAUAAUGAAAAUAAAGAUAAUCAGAAUGAAGUGUCUGAACCUUUAACUUCCAAACAAUGCGAAGAGCACAAAAAUGGAAUUUAUGAUUCUGACUCUACAUCAGGAGCAACUUCUUCAUGUGAUGAAGCAUCUUUGGAUUCUGAUAAUAAACAUCAGAUUAAAAUUGCUAAAGUUCGAUCCACUGAAAUACCAAGAAGUUCUUCUGCUGAAAUACAUGUUAAAGAGCCUAAUCACUUAAGAAAGUUAGUUCAGCAAUCUGAGGGCUUGAUGUGCAAAGGAAAGAGGUUGAGUGUAUCUGCUGGAGAUCUGCUAGGAAAAACGCAUGAAGAAUUAGUUUUAUUGCUGAUUCAACUACGAAGAAAUCAAACAAAAAUUCUAAGAGCCAAAGAGAAAUUGGAGAAGCAAAUAGAAAGCCUUCAAGAAUUUCCUCAAUCUAACAAUGGAAGGCAACCUGCAUAUCAGAAUAAGAAAGAGCUUCAGAAGCAAAUUCUUCUCCUACAGAAACAGUAUGAAGAUACUCAACCUCUAGUAACAUUAGUCGAUAAUAUGGUUAAACUUGGAAGUCUGUAUGGCAGCAGUAAUCGCAGAAGUUUCUCAUUGCCAUUAUUAGAUACCUCACAAGAAGACGUCUCAUCUCCUGUCAGUGGUCCACAAAGCCCUGAUUAUGCUGGGGAAUCAAAUAUUCUGUCUAAAUUAUUAGCAGAGGAAAGCAAUUUUCAGAAACGCAUUAGUGAGAUUUAUAGUCUGGAUAAAGGCUUGAGAAAUGAAACUAAUAGUAUUUCAUCUUUGCAUCAAGAUAAGGAAAUGUUAGAAUAUACAUUAAGUGGAAUGCGUAAUAAAAUCUUAGAUCACCAAGAUAGGCCGAGUGAACUUCAGAAGUUGAAAAAGCAGCAGAAAAUGAUUGAAAAGGAAUUAGUUCGUGUAAAACGUUUGUUGAGCACAAGUGCUAAAAAAAUUGAAGAUGCUGCAUCAAAAAAUGACCAGAUGGAGAAGGAUAUAUUACAUCUGAGGCAGAUAUUAAAAGAAGCACUGAAAACGGGAUCAUCUGAAGCUAAGGAUUUUCAACACAAUCGAGCAGACAUUGAAGCAGAAUUGUCACGUGUUCAAAAUGUUCUAGAUGAGCUAGCUAAUCACAGGCAUGAAAUUAAUAACACCGUGAUGAAGUUAAAGGGGGAAGCUCCUACAUCUUCUUCUGCGGGAUCUGAAUAUAAAGCUAGUCCAUCGGGAACUGCAGGAAAAGAAACACAUUUGCUGAAAAUCAGAAGAGAGCCUGAAUCAAGUACUAGUCCUGUCACUGUUACAGAAGAAAAAGAAGUAACUCAUUUAAAGAAAGUCAAAAAAGGAGUUGAAGUUAGAGCUAGUCCAACUGGAGUUGCUGGUUCAGCCCCUCUUCCAGUUCGUAAAAAGCAGCACAGUAUGUAUUUGGAAACAGAUUUAGAUACCAUGGAGACACGUGAUUUGGCUUCAGUCCAUGAAAAGGAUUUGGAUGAUAUUCCAGUUUAUGUAAAUGCUGAAGAAAUUAAUAAUCCAAAUGAAGAAAUAUAUGAAAAUUUUUCAACCAUUGAUUAUGCAAAUAUGGCAACCUACAACUCGCAAUCAGAUGGUUCUGCAACAGAGCAGUGUGCCAUGCAAGACAUUAAUGAUGCAGAUGAAAGAAUGAAACGUUUUUAUGGAAUUAUACCAAAAGAAAAGCCUUCUGAAAUUAAAACUGUCCGCAUUGUGAAGCGACAGUCAGAGCGACGUAACCGAGAGAGGGACAAAAAAAGAGUGACCUAUGAUGAUCAGUCUUCCGUGUGGGUGGUUGAAGAACCAGACAUUUCUUCUGAUGAUUUACUAGAUGUGGAUGAAGGUGUGACUAACAGGAAUCCUCCUACUGUGACUAGACCAUCUUCUAUUCACUUAUUGACAUCGACUUUAAAUAGACAAUCAAAUUCUCAGUCAGCUCAUGAGCGGCUGUUUGGAACUUCAGCACCAAAACCCGAAAAAUCUACUUCAAAUGGAAGUCAUGAUCGUUCUUAUACUACAAAGAGGUCCAAAAGAAGGCAUUACACUGUCAGUGGUUACCAGUAUGCUUUGGAUCCUCAAUUUUCUCAAUAUUUUAAGGAUCAACCUCGGUCUCGGGACGAUGUUGACAUGGAACGCUGCCUACGGACUGCUAAUACCCCUGAUAUUGUGCGAAGUACAAUUAAGAAAAACGAUGUAUUUGAUGAUAAAAUAAUUGAGCGAGAGCUUAUGUUACCACAGAAAAUUGAAAUCCCUGAACGAUAUGUAGAAAUAGAACCUGAACAAUUAUCAGCAAGUGAAAGACUCCGAAGAAGCAUAAAAGCAGAAAAUAUUUGUAAAAUGUUAUCAGAAACUACAACCACAUAUGAAGAUGUUGAAGAACGCAGUAAAUCACCAGAAGCUCUUCAUAAAAAAUUGAGUGAGGAGAAAAGGAAAAGGGCACAUUUACUUAACUUGAAUCGUGCCAUUGCACGAGAGGUAGUAGAAAAAAGCAAGGCAGUUGCAGCAAAUGUUUGUAGUGCAGAAAACCAGACAUCCACUUGAGUCUUUGCUACUCUGCAGCAAAUGGUGAAAAAACCUCUAACCCCAGUAGAAGAAGAUCUGAGUCCAAUGACUCCUCUACCAAUCACUCAGCAACGUUACAAUUUCCUCACAUAAAGUGCAUUUGUUUGCAAUAGGCAAACCUAGUCUUGCCAUUUUUAUCUCUCAAUCCCAGUGAUUUUUACCAGUCCCUGAUUUAUUAGCUUUACUUUUUAUAGAGUGCCUCUCUUUCUGAGCACUAUUAUUGAUGCAAUGUUCUGUUGGCAAAGGAGUUGGCAGUGUUUGCCAAUUUUAGCAAUAAUGAUUCUGCAGAUUUUUUUUGUGUACAUUGAGUUUUAAAUGUAUAAAAAUGUGUUAUGUCGUCUUCUUUUAUUUCUUUUACUGUUGUAAGAAUGUUUAAUGUUAAGUGUGGAGCAAAACCCUAAUUAAAGGUAUGGGACUCUUCUGAAGUGCAGCUCUUGAACAUUUUGUAAUGGUAUUUGUAUGUAUAUUUUGCCAUAUAUAUAUUUUUUUAUUCCAGGUUUAUGUAUACAUUUUUAUGUAUGCCUUUGUUUUAAGUAUAUAUUUUCAAUCUCCAAACAUUUUUGGAAGUGUUCUUAUUGAUUUUUUUAAGGCAAAUUCUUAAUGUACAAAUAUUUUUGUUUUAAAAUGUAUAUCAGUUAUUCUUGAAACAAGUUUUGGGAGAAUAUUUGAGUUGUUGUUGUUGUCAAGUUACUAAUUGAUUCUCAUUCCAGCUGUUAUUUUGGGUGAACAUAAAGUCUUUCUCUGACUACAAAAAUGUAUUAUACAAAGAAGUGUGUUUUAAAUAUAUGGUUCUUUUUAUAAAUUGUAAAUACUGUAGAACUUCAAUUAUCCAAACUCUAGUUAUCUGAAAAAUUUAGAGAGAAGAAAAAAAAAUUUACAAAUAAAUCCAUUAGGUGUGAAUGUCUUCCGCAACUAAGGUACAAAAAUUUGGAGAAGUGAAUGUUAACUCAAGUGUAAUUUUUACAAUUUGAGCACAAAUCAAAAUUGCUGAAAAUUUGAGAUAAACUUAAUUAAACCCAAUUAAUCAGAAUAAUUGGAUUCUGUUGUGCUGUAAUUGAAUUUAUAAUAAAGUCAACUCCUUUAGUAAAUGAAUAAGCAUUAAUAUAUAGUUCAGAUAAUGGUAGUGUUGUCUCUGUACAAAAGUUUAACUCUCCAUUUAUCAGUUAUGGGUACUAUGCUUAUUUACUUUUACAAGGAUCUGAAAAAUGGAUCCAUCUAAGAAAUGAGCACAAAAAUAUUAUUCUUAUUCUGCUGAAAAUCCCAGUUGCACAUUCGGCAUUUCCUGAACUGCCAUUUCCUUAUAGAUGCUACAUAACAAAUGCUCACUCACUCUAACCUUAUCACUUCUUGGAAGGCUUAUUUUGCUACCAUUAUUCUCAUAACUUUUCAUAUCAUUGCUGUAUCAUAACAUCUGAAGAAUAUAUUCAUAGCAAGGACUAUAUCAUUUCUAUAACAAGGAAUAUAUCAAAAUUCUCUUUGAACUGAAAUGACUAGUAAAAUUUCAUGAAAGAUAUGCUUUUUAUUUCAUUGAUGCCAAUGCCAUUACAUUAAAAUUAACUUUUGAUUUGCUGCUUACAUUGAUGGACUUGUGCCAUCUAUUUAAUGAUUUAAAGAAAACUUUCACUGGUAAAAUACAGAAGUUGGUAAGGGAGUGCCAGCUUGGGUGUCAUCCUUGUCAUCUGACCAUGAUUCAAAGUUAUGAGAUCCGUCUUGAAAUAUCCCUGUGUUGCUUUAACAUGGAAUGUUAACUGAGCAGUUAUUUCAUGAUAGCAUUUUGUAAUUCAGAAAAGACUUUGUCCUCACCCUGUAUUUGGAUUCCCAAUACCAGUUACCAGUAUGUGAUAUUAUAUAACAUGUAAAUUUCUAUGCAUAGCCAUUGUUUGGAUGAAGUUAAAUAUUUUUCUUCAUUACAUACUGAGUGAUGUAACUAUGUAAUGCAGUGAAGAGGUAUUCUUGAUGAUUUAAAAUAUUCUUAUUUCUUUGAAGAAAAUGUUAUGUGAAUGAAAUUAGCUUUAGUAAAAUCUUUUUAAUAAUAUAUAUUUGUAAAAUAUGAGAUACUAUAAAGAAUUAAAUUAAAAGUCUCAGAAAUUAUUAGGAUUAUGUAUUUUUUUUUUAUUAGCAGAAAACAAAUAUCUAAAUAUAUGUAAAUAUAGAUUGAUUGAAAAGACUAAUUGAUGCUUAAACAACUGUAAUUCUGUAAUGUUGGCUACUGAUGUCCAAUCAAAUUUUAUCAUCAAAUUAAUUAAAUAGCUUUACAUUAAAUAAUAUUAAAAAUUUGAAUGGAUUUUAAAAGUUAUAAAGAUGCAAAAUGAGAAAGGUCAAGUUAUGAAAGCAUAUUUCUUCAAAUAAAUAAAAACCAGUUCUUCCAAAAAUCAUUGCAUAAGAAUGACUCAUUGUGUGUCCUCCUAAAAUGUGUUUAUUGUCUAUAUUGUAAUUCUGUUAAAAAGUCUUGUGAUUGAUAAAUUUUGUAAAUCUUCUUGUAGUGUUACUUAUUAUCUAUUACUUGAAGGAGAUUCUAUCGUGUGAAGUUUGAAGUGCCUUUAAGUAAAUAUUAAUAGCAAUAUAAAGUUGUAUCAUUCUUCUGAUUGAAACAGUAGAUACAAUCUUGAAAUGGAGUAAAAAUUUUAAUUUUCUUUAAUUGUCAGUAUUUAUGUCACAAAACCUUUAUUAAAAUGGUUUAAAUAUAAUUUUAUUUUAAUAUCAGUACUAUAAUCUAUCUUUUCUUUUAAAGGAAUUUUCUAGUGAUUGUUUAAAAAUUAUGUAUUAAGUUUCUUCUAAUUUGUGUUAAUCCUUUCAAGAGAGAUGGUUACUUCUGUUAUGUUUUGGCAGAUGCUGAUAACUGUCUGCCUUUGUAAUGCCUGAUAAAAGAAUGGAUGACAGUAUAAGUUCUAGGUGGUGUUUUUUAAUGAAUUUAUACAAAAAUUGACGUUUUUUUACCCCAAAAAAAUUAUUUGAUUGUGCUCCUGAAAGGGUUAAGCAUAAUAUUAGGAUGUUACUUAUAUUUUUAUUGUUCCUAGUAAGCAUCCUCUAAGUUUUGAUAGAAAGGUUGUUUUCAUGCUUAGUAAUCUUUAUUCUUUUGACUUCUCUAUUUUUAAUAAUAUUUUGUGAAACUUGUAAAUAUUAUAAAAGAAAUGUUUUUAAGAUUAUUUCUUUUCUUUUACAUGAAGCAAAGAAAUUCAUAAUAGUCAGUAAAUUUUGUAAAGUUACUACUGAGGUGCCUAUUUGACAGAUUUCAUGCAGGAUUUGACUUGAUAAUAUUGGAUAAAAAGAGCUAAAGUUUGCGAAGUGCAAUUAUUUGGAUAGGAUUGUGUAUUCCUUGUUAUAAUUAAAACUAUAAGCUGUCCAGUUUAUGUAAAUAAGAAAUUUAUUUCUGUAUGCUCUGCUUAUAUAUAACAUACAGAAAGCUAUAAUUUAAUUUAAAAGACAUAUUUUUAAAAGUAUAAAGCCUUUAUAAUCAAAAAAACAAAUUAAUUUCAGCUACUGUUGAAGCUUUCAAUAUAUGCUUACUAAAAUAGUGGUAUAUAUUAUUGUUGUCUCACAAUCCAUAUUUGCUUAUAACCCAGUUUUUAAGAAAUGUAUUGCAAUUUGUUAAAAAUAAAAUUUUUGCUUUCCUUUGUGAGAUAUCAAAAGUAAAAGAGAAAUAAUUUUUUAUCAGCUAUAUUCAGUUAAAAUCUCUAUACUAAAAGGACCU